AUGGAUCCCCCGGCACGUCCCGUUUCUAAGAGACGUGCUGCGCCGACUCAGAGCAGCAGUUUAGUGUCCUCGCAUAAAUACCCUUCAGACGCUUCGCCGAGUCCUUUUGCCUCGACCCCAAAAUCCAUGCAUACAAACACCACCGAAGUUCUGCGGCCUCGCCCUCACGGCCAAACCGUUGCGAUGGAGUGGGAUGAAGAUAAUGAUACACCGUCGAGUCGCACCUCGAGACUACAGAUAGAGUUAGCGGAGUGUGUCGAGACGAAAACAGUCACUACGACAACUACAACCAAACGCUCUUAUCCUCCCCUACUUUUCCGGCAGAAGGGCCUCGACAUGCUCGAUGCAAAGGAAUAUCCAUUAGCUCUAAAGCCAACCCCGGACGAGCUCAAGAGGAUUUCUUACAAUGUUGACGGCCAGAGUAUGAGCUUCUUCGGGGAUGAAUUUCGAGCUAGCCCUCCCAAGGGUUUUGGUGUCGAUACUUCGACACGCUCUCCAGAUCUUCCCGAAAACAAGCAAAUCGCCCCAGAGAAUAAGCGGGAUUACCAACUCCAAAUUAGUGAGCUCAACGGUGGAAACUUUCGCCGUGCAGAACCUCCGAGUAAGAAGCUAGGUUCCAUUAGAGAGAGAAGAUCCGCAAGAUUAGGGCCAGAGGUAUGGCUGAAUUCUCCAAGCUCUUCGACUGAGAGGCUUCGAAAGCCUAAGAAUACCAAUCUGCAAUCCCAAAAUGGCCACUCUGCUACGACCGAAGAAUCACGGACAAGACAUAAGGGAUUAGGCAUGCAUAUAACGAAACAUGCCUCAUUCCCUGCCACUCCUGACAUGUCCGAACUAGAAAGCUCUGUAAUAGACCGCAGUCGAGCUUUCUCAACCUCAUUUCGUUCAGAUACUCCACAAUCAGGAGUCAGCCAGAACGACUCCUUUGAAGCAAUCAGUGAUAUACCUGAUAACCACCAACAUCAAGAAUCAUUUGCCAAUGCGGUCGCUACACCUCCUAUCGCUGAAUCAGACCUCGAGCCUUUGGAAACAACGAGUGUAGAUUUCGCUGAUAUUACUGAGCAACGACCUCCUAUCAAUACCGCGGCUGCUCAAAACGCAAGUUUACCAAGUCCGGGACUAUCGCCAACAUUUGCAUCUGCGGAACUCGACCAAAUCGAAUUUCCUGGUGUUGACCUUCCUGACGUAGAUGGAGUCUUUGCUGAUAGUCCCGCAACACAACUAGAUGAUAGCCAAGAGACUCUCGGAGACGAUGAGGGUUUCCCAGAUCAAUAUGGGGGAUCAUCAGAAGACGGACAGUUUCGCGCACCUUCACUCAUGGACAGUCAAUCGAUGCUUGAAACCUUCGACUCGAUGCCAAAUGAUAUGAAGACACUUAUGAUGUACCAGCUCUUGCGUCGCUGCUCGAGGAAGACUCUCCACACACUAGCAGACGUUAUUGGCCCCGCACUGAAGUGUGACUUUUUAGAUCAAUUACCGGCGGAAUUAAGCCUUCAAAUCUUAGGCUUCUUGGAUCAUAAGGAUCUUUGUAAAGCCGCCCAGGUCUCAAAGCAUUGGAGAAAUGUUAUUGAUUCGAACGAGACGGGCUGGAAAGAACUCUUUGACCGCGACGGUUUUGCUAUUCCGAUCGGAGAACUAGAGAAGGCAAUUCAUCAAGGUUGGGGAUGGCAAGAUCCUCAUGGCCCAGACGGCUGGGAACAGGACCUAAGUGUUGAGCCUGCUGUGUCAUCAGACGGCGAUGCAAGCUUCACCGCUAGUGUAAAGGUUGAAGAACCUGUGAGAAAGGUUCGUUCUACGACGAAAAGAAAGCGAGUCGCAGGUGGUUCAGCCUCGGAUCGAGCAAAGCGGAGAGCAACAGGGUCUGCUGAAAAGGCACAGUCAUCAAGAGGUUCACAAACUGCCGUAUUCUCCAAAUCAGAAGGCCCGAUGAGUGCUGCGGGUUCCGCUGCUCGUGCUGUACCUGAUCCCCAGCUUGGUUUGGCUAGCUUGCGGAAGCUUCAUCUAUUCAAAUCUCUUUAUCGUCGCCAUUACAUGCUUCAACGUAAUUGGAUGAGUAACGAUGUAGCUCCUCAUCAUUUUGCUUUUCCAGCACACCCAGCGCACGUUAUUACCUGCCUUCAAUUCGACGACGACAAGAUUCUCACGGGUAGCGACGACACACUCAUACACGUCUAUGAUACCAAGACAGGGGCGCUAAGAAAGAAACUUGAGGGUCAUGAGGGAGGAGUAUGGGCUCUGCAAUACGAAGGGAAUGUUCUAGUGUCUGGAUCCACAGAUCGGUCUGUUCGGGUUUGGGACAUUGAGAAAGGCUUGUGUACGCAAGUCUUCCAUGGCCACACCUCUACCGUUCGAUGCCUCCAAAUUCUAAUGCCGGAAAUGACUGGAAAGACCCCCAAAGGCAAGCCGAUUAUGGUCCCGGAGAAACCGUUGAUCAUCACUGGAUCGCGGGACUCUCAACUUAGGGUAUGGAAGCUGCCUGAGCAGGGAUCCAAGCGCUAUAUUCAAACCGGGCCUCCGGCUAACGAUGUCGACUGUCCCUAUUUUCUCCGGACUUUGAGUGGCCAUACUCAUUCGGUGCGUGCAAUUGCAGCUCAUCGAGACACACUUGUGAGCGGCAGUUAUGAUAAUACAGUUAGAGUUUGGAAGAUCUCAACUGGUGAGACGAUCCAUCAAUUGCGGGGGCAUUCGAUGAAGGUGUACAGUGUUGUUCUAGAUCACAAGCGCAAUCGCUGUAUCAGCGGCUCGAUGGAUAACUUUGUAAAAAUAUGGUCUCUCGAGACAGGCGCUUGCUUGUUCACUUUGGAAGGCCACAACUCGCUUGUUGGUUUGUUAGAUUUACGCGAUGAGCGUCUUGUCUCAGCAGCUGCUGACUCAACUUUGAGAAUAUGGGACCCUGAGAAUGGCCAGUGCAAGAGUACAUUAACUGCGCACACUGGUGCAAUUACUUGCUUUCAGCAUGACGGCCAGAAGGUGAUCUCGGGGUCGGAUAGGACCUUGAAGAUGUGGAACAUGAAGACCGGCGAAUGUAUCAAGGAUCUCUUGACUGAUCUUACUGGGGUUUGGCAAGUCAAAUUCGAUGAGCGAAGAUGUGUAGCAGCUGUUCAGCGUGACAAUCUUACAUAUGUCGAGGUUCUCGACUUCGGUGCAUCUCGAGAUGGAAUACCCGCUUCCGAACGCGGCUCACGAAAAUUAGUCAGUUUCGACGACCACAGGUCUUCCGGGAUUGUCGAGGAGGAUGAGGACCCAUGA